AAAAUAAAAUAAACCAACAAUAUAUUUAUCCACAUCACAAUGAUAACUACUCUAUCAUAAUUUCAGUACAAAUAUAAGGUUUAUUUUGUAAAGAUUAAGCAAAAUUAGACAAGAGUGGGUCCAAUUUAAAAGGUAUCUCAAAAAUAAUGAGCCUGAAAAACUGUAAACCCACUGACGAGUGUGAAGAGGACAAAUAAAAAUCAAAACCCAAUAAAGAAGAAAGAAAGUGACUAACAGAGCAGAGCCAAACAAACAAAAGAAAAGAAAGUAUUAUUAUUUUUAUUAAUUUUGUUUACUCAAAAAAAAUAUUUGAACAAAAGAAGGGUGAAUGAAUAACUGUUAUCCUCCCUUCCUAAAAAAAAAAAAUAAAUAAAUAAACUGAUAACACUUUAAGAUUGAGGACCGCCUUCUUAUUUUACUUAUUUAUAAUCUCUGUCAUCUCCUCUGGCUUCUGCCAUAAAUUUCGCUUUCUCUCUCUACAAUGCAAGGGAAAGCGAGAAAUGCCCUUCUCUUCUUUUCCUUCACCACCGCCAUUUUCGUAGCUUUCUCCUCUGCUCUCACUGACCCAACACACUACCAGACCUUGCUCGUAAACACCCUCUCAACUCCACCAACGCUCUCAUGGCCCGAAACCGAGUUAACGGCUUCGGAUCCAGACCCAGAAUCCGAAUCCGAAACCACCCUUCAGUUACAUCACAUCGACGCUUUGACCACUGACCUGACCCCGGAGCAGCUAUUCCACCUCAGGCUGCACCGCGAUGCAACCCGGGUCAGGUCUCUUGCCUCGUUAGUCGCAGCAAGGAACGGAAGUGGAGUCGGGGCAGGAUCGGGAUCCGGAUCCGGGUUCAGCAGCUCCAUCAUCUCGGGGCUAACCCAAGGGAGCGGUGAGUAUUUCACUCGGCUCGGAGUGGGUACGCCUCCCAGGUACCUUUAUAUGGUUCUGGAUACCGGAAGCGACGUAGUUUGGCUCCAGUGUUCCCCUUGUAAGAAAUGCUACACACAGGCUGACCCGAUAUUCGACCCGGUUAAAUCCACCACAUAUGGUCGGAUCGCAUGCGGAUCUCCGCUCUGCCGCAAGCUCGAUUCCCCAGGUUGCAAUCAACGAAAGUCCUGCCUCUACCAGGUAUCCUACGGCGACGGCUCCUUCACCACGGGAGAGUUCUCCACCGAAACUUUGACGUUCAGGCGCACCCGCGUGGCGCGUGUAGCUCUGGGUUGUGGCCACGACGACGAGGGUUUGUUCGUGGGUGCUGCUGGACUUUUGGGCCUGGGGCGAGGGAGGUUGUCGUUCCCUUCUCAGACAGGUUACAGGUUCAACCGGAAAUUCUCUUACUGCUUGGUGGACCGGUCAGCCUCGUCCAAACAAUCUUCUUCCAUCGUCUUUGGUGAAGCGGCCGUUUCCCGCACCGCCCGGUUCACCCCUUUGCUCUCCAACCCGAAGUUGGACACGUUCUACUACCUCGAGCUCCUAGGAAUCAGCGUGGGCGGGACACGUGUCCGAGGCAUCUCCGCCUCACUCUUCCAGCUCGAUGGAGCCGGUAACGGAGGUGUCAUAAUUGACUCAGGUACGUCAGUGACUCGCUUGACCCGACCCGCUUACAUUGCUCUCCGUGACGCUUUCCGUAGUGGAGCGCCUAACUUGAAGCGUGCUCCCGAGUUCUCUCUCUUCGAUACUUGCUUCGAUUUGUCUGGCAAAUCGGAGGUUAAGGUUCCGACGGUGGUGCUCCAUUUCAGGGGAGCUGAUGUAUCUUUGCCGGCGGCGAACUACUUGAUUCCUGUUGACAGUAGUGGGACGUUCUGUUUCGCCUUCGCCGGAACAAUGGGUGGAUUGUCCAUCAUCGGAAAUAUCCAGCAGCAAGGUUUUCGGGUUGUGUAUGACUUGGCGGGUUCUCGGGUCGGGUUUUCCCCUCGCGGGUGCGCUUGAUUUGGUAGUGAGGAAGAGGAAAAUCUCUUUCCCUCCUUUUUCUUUAUUCUACUCUUUUUUUUUCAAUUUUUAAAUUUAAAAAACAACAAAGAAAGUAAAAAUCUUUCUUUAGAUUGCAACGCGGAAAAGUGAGGAAUGUAAGGAUAAAAAAGAGUAAGGGAGUUUGGAGUUUACAAGAAGAUUCACGUGUUGUUUGCUGCUGUAAUAUCUAAUGAGCUUUUCGAGAAUUACUAGUACAACUGUUGUACAUGGGUAAUUUGGUCAUUAUAAGUUUUAGAUUCGAGAAUUAGAAAUUCUACUAGUGAUGUAUAAUUCAAGUCAUUAUCAAUAUCUUUGAAAAGAAGAAAAAAGAAAUACCAACUGAAUUAAUGCUGAGAUUUA